AGCAGUUCGCCAGCCGCAAGUCGACUGCUGGCCGCGUAACAGUAAACACACCCACGAGCGGGCCCCGAUUUCGAAUCCAAGUUCCACUGAAAAACGAACUGCCACGAGCAGAGCGAAAGAGUUUUUGUUUGCCAACAACAACACAAAUAUUGUGCUGGCCAAAACAGCUGAGCCGUAUAGCUUUGUGUUUUGUUCUUUGGCACACCAGUAGCUGUUGUUAGCCGCAACGUGUGUUGUUUUAUUUUUUUGCCGUGUAUUUUAUUUUCUCUGUGCUGCAUCCCACAAGGAAAAGUGUCAAAAUUAGCAGAUCAUCAAGUAAUCUGCCAUAACCAGAAACCAAAUCGCCAAGAACAAGUCCCUGUAAGUUUCACUCAAUAAGAUCACAUCAUAUCGCAGCGACACAAUGGAGAAAUCCAGCUUAACGGAGAAGAAUCGCACCCAUGUGUACAAUGACACAACGCGACCGAAGAAACCGAAGCGUCGCGACAAGAGCGAUCUGGGUCCGGAUUUCGUGGCGCCCGACGGAGGAUGGGGCUGGGUGGUCUGCCUGGCAGCCGGCUUAAACAACUUCUUCCUUUUCCCAGCCCUGCAGCAAUAUGGCUUGAUAUACAGGGUGCGCAUGCAUUCAUUGGGCUUUGAUGCCAAGCAAACGACGACUAUUGUGAAUGUGGUGAUGGCCAUCUCCUCGCUAGUGGGCAUUGUCAAUGGAGCCAUGUUCCGUCGUUUCACGUUUCGGCAGGUGGCUCUGACCGGCACCACUUUGGCCUUUCUGGGCAUCUUUAUGUCGGCCUUUUGCACCACCUUCUGGCAGUAUAUCCUCUGCCUUUCGGCGGUCUAUGGCAUUGGUUUGGGCCUGGCCAUGGCGGCCACCUCGCUGGCGGUCAAUACGUACUUCAAGCAGAAGAGACGACGCGCCACGGGAUUUUCAUGGACAAUCACGGGACUGGGUCCCAUAUUCUUUCCCCAGGUGUCCACCUUCCUGCUAAGCUACUACGGCGCCCAGGGCAGCAUUCUGAUCUACGCUGGAAUCGGCAUGAACGCCAUCCUUUGUGCAUUGACCCUCCAGCCAGUGUUGUGGCAUGUUAAGAAGCCCGAGAAACCCAUCGCAGUGGUGAUUGAGGGCGUGGCCGAAACGGAAAAGCUACACACCGAUUUGCUGGAGGCCAAUGGCAAUCUACUGGCGCCCAGCAAUGAUCCCUGGAAGGAUUACGAGUGCAAGUACUGUCAGUAUCAGAAGCGUGCCAAGCGCGGCAUCUUCUCCUCCCAAUACCUAUUCAAUGUGGACGAUCCGGAGAGGCCUGGCUACGAGAUCACCGAACCGGGAACUCCGAUGUUGGCCCGUGCCAACGAUGGCUGGUUUGGAUCAAAGCUUUCACUGACCUCGGAGAACACACCCCGGUAUCGCACUCGCCAAGCGCUGAUGCGUCAGGUUUCCUCCAGAAGUCGUGAGAAUCUUGAUAAACUGGAGCAGAAUAGGGAGGAACUGGGUGGUCAGGAGCCCACCACACCAGUGGCACUGUACAAGCCGAAUUACUUCAAUCGCGAGCGCGAGGACAUGGAUCGCUAUGCCAGCAAGACGAGCGUCUAUUCCCGACCUGGUCAGGAGGAGCUCCUGCGAUGCACCUGCGCCGAGGACAAGGCCCUGUUGCAAAAGACCGCCGAGUCGCUUCGGGUGGACCUCCUAAACAAUCUGGCCGAUGUUGAGACCGAGGAGGUGGCCAAGAAGAACAUGACCUUCUUCCAGAAGGUGAGCAAAUUCUUCGAUUUGGAUCUGCUGCGGGACUUGACCUUCGUCAAUUUGGCCGUUGGCAUGAGCAUCAUGAUGUUUGGCGAGAUGAACUUCUCGGUGCUGACGCCAUUCAUACUGAAUAGCUUCGGGUACACGGACUCGCAGAUCUCGUUGGUCAUGUCCCUGCUCGCCUGCAUGGACAUAUCGGUGCGAUUCCUCGCCCCGCUUGCCCUCGAGAAGGUGAAACUGGACAACCGAGUGCUCUUCGCCUUCGGCAUCCUCUGCAUCGCUGCGGGCCGCGUGGUGGUGUCCUUCACCAAUUCCUACGAGGUCAUGAUCGGCGUCUUUCUGCUGAUCGGUUUCGGCAAAGGUUUCCGCACCAUCUUCUCGCCACUCAUCAUACCCAGCUAUGUCCCGCUGAAUCGUUUGCCAGCCGCCUCCGGUCUGCAGCUCAUCUUCAACACGAUGUUCUCCUUCGCCAUGGGCCCCAUUCUUGGAAUCCUGACGGAGGCCUUCGGCUAUGCCGCCACCAUUCACACCAUCAACGUGCUCACUUGCUUGGCCCUGCUGCUUUGGGCCACAGAGGGUGCGGUGCGGCGCAUUUUGGGAAUUCACUCCAAGGGUCUGGGUCAAUAGAAGCAGCAUUUCUACUAAACCUAACUGGAACUGCGGCGGCGAGAAGGAGUUUGAAAGCUUCGCCGGAACUGAACUACUUGCAUGUCCAUCCCAGUGUGCGAGAUCAUAGCUCAAUUGGAGCUGUAGACAUAGCCUAGUCCAUACUUCCCAAUCGAUUUGUGUGUGUGCAUAGUAUUACUUGAGCACGAGGCGCCGGUGUGGCUCGUACUUAAAGAUACCUAAGAAACAUAAAUCUUAACUAGCUCGUAAUCACCCAUCGCUACCUUAACUUACGGUCAAUUUUGUUUGUAGCUUUUGAUACUCUUACUAGACUUAUUAAAUGUACUUAGUGAUAUGUUAUAAGUGUAUAAAUGUUCCACAAUUGAUAAAUAUAUGUAUAUUAGUUAGAAAAGAAUGUAGUUUUCCGGAAUUGCGGCACUGGUGUCCACUUCCUGUUAAAUGAUUAAUUUAAAAUACAUCUUGGUUGAAACACA